AUGCCGACGCAAAAGUCACUCAUCGUUUUUGACCUCGACGCGUGCUGCUGGAUGCCCGAGAUGUACCAGCUCUGGGGUGGAGGCGCUCCGUUCAAGCAGGUCACGGCAGCGCCCAACAACGUGCUGACAGACACCUCGGGCACGCGCUGCCGCCUGCUCGGUGACGUCGCCGCCUGCUGGGCCGCGUGCCAUUCACGCAUGCAGGCCGGCGAGCCGCUGCUGGUCGGCGUGGCGAGCCGCUCGGAUGAGCCGGCGUGGGCGCGCGAGUGCCUCAACAAAUUCAUGGUGGCGGAGGGCGUGAGCAUGAUGGACGUUGUCGGGGAGGAGCUCUGCGAGAUCUACAAGGGGAGCAAGCGUCAGCACUUUGCCGCGCUGCAGCAGAAGACGGGGAUACCCUACUCGCGCAUGUGCUUCUUCGACGACGACACGGCCAACAUCCGCGACGUCAGCACUUUGGGCGUUCACUGCGUGUACACGCCGAGCGGCGUGACACGCAAGCUCUUUCUCCAAGGCGUGGACGCCGCCACGGCAGGCGGCGACACCUGGGCUGCGUUUCGCGAUGGGUCAGAUUGA